UUAAAGCACAAAGACGUAAGCGAAGGCGUACAAAUUGUGGCUUCAAAACCAAAACAAAAAAAAACACUUCUGCAUCAUAUGUAAAUUGUCCUCGAAUAGAAAGAGUUUCAAUCUUCAAUCACACCAGCGAUCAACGCGGAUGGCAAGAUUUUUGACUGUUGUUUCGCUAAUGGAAAGAUGAUUGUUUUUUACUUACGUAACCAACCCCCCCGAAGCGACUGUUCAGCGCCAAACGCAGACAAAGUUUUCACGAAAUUUGUGUACGGUCGGCUAUGCAUAAUCCGAGUAUCGUACUGUAUGCCGCCUUGCAUUGGCUCAUCUUUUCUCCGUGCAAUUUGCGCAGAGGUACUUUCUGCAUUGAAAUGAAAGAAAAUCACAGCUUCAAGACAAGAAGUGGUUAAUUGUGGUUUUCCUGGUCCAGCAAUUUGUUAUGCGGUACCCACUACCACCGCGCUUGUUUCUCAUAUACACGGCGAGUAAUCGAUUGAUGGAUGAAAAAGCAAGAGAUGUGAAUACGGAAAAUGGAGCUCAUCUUCACCAGGUAGAAAAUUGGCUUUCGAAAAUGUUCGGUGUUUCCUGGUCGAAAAGAGAGAAGAAGAAGGAAAAAACAACUCAAAUACUUAUACAUUUCGUAUGCUUUAUUUUGGCUUUCGUUGCUCUCUACUCUUGCUUGGCGAGUAAAGAAAUGGUAAUGAACAGAAAUAAUUUGUUUCUCUUUUUUCGUUUGGUCAUCGAAUAUAAAAGCGUUAUACCGUUUACUGGACUAGAGGUACAAGAAAACUUUAAUUUUGUUCAAUCUUGGUAACUUUUUAAAAAUGAUUUCUUCCUUAAUUUUGUUCAGCAAUUUUAUGUUUUUUUUGGUCGGUAUUAUUAUUUUUUUUAUUAAUUUCGUCGCCACUGGUUCAUCACGUUAAGAUUUAUUUAAACAAUGGAUUAGAAAAAAAGGGUAUUUGAUGUAUUUUCUUGUAAUGUUUUGCAGACGUUACAAAUAUUAAUCUCCUGAGUGAAGUGAUCAAUGUACCAAGUAUGAAGCGUUACUAUUCAGAAAGUGCAUCGCCACCGUGAAUGUGGUACUGUUACCGACAAGUGAACUCCAAAAUAUGUAGCAUUACCGUUGUGAAAGUACAUCAUCUGCCGUAAAUUGUUACAUAAAAGUGAAGUGCAUGAUAGUGAUUAAUCCGGAAGAAAUGUGAUUAAAAUAAUGAUGCACCAACCAUCGCGCGUUUUACAUCAAUCUUCGGUUGCGCUAAGAUCGGUGUCACAGCCAAAUGGCCAUCAUGCUAGAAGUGGUACUACGGGAGUAUCUACGGCGAGUAACCAAGCUGCCGAUCCUCACCCGAGCAAAGGACCGCAGCAAUACACCAAGUUUCGAAAUAAUCGCAGCGCAAGCAGCAGCCGCAUAGUAGGAGGACUUCAAGCACAGAUUAAGGCAGAAUCCAAGGCGGACUGCUUACGGAAACAUGAAGCUCGAACGUGCAAAAAUGGAAUGGAGGUUGAAUCCUUCGCGACUGAUCGCAUUCCCAAGAUGAAGUUGCUGAAAGUGAACUACGUGAAUUUGAAGAACGAAGAAGCGGAUAAGAAGUCUGCUCCGGAGGUCGAUAAAAAAGAAGCUGUUGCAUCAUUUACCGUCAACCCAGCGAAACAUGGGAAGAUAUUGAAGGAAGAUGUUGAAAGAAAGAAAACAAUUUCUACCGCUGCUGUGGUUGGCUGUAGCGAAAAGAGCACUAAUGGUGGUAAAGUGGUAACUAGCACCACUAAUAACCAUGUAGUAGAUGCUUCAGCAAGUACUUUCGUUGGCAAAAAAGAGAAAAAGGAGUGCAAAACAACCACAACCAGCAGGGAACCGGAAGCGAAAAAUGGAGAUCCUGCUAAAACGGGCAAUUCUAAGUAUCUGGUGUAUAAGAAACAUAAUGGGUUUGGAGCAAACUCACCCCAUUCAACGGAAAGUAGUACUGCCGGGGGUAAACUUCAGUACAUUAACGAUUCCGAUAUUAAAAUUAAAGCGUUGGCCAAGAAAAAGUAUGGUUUACUUUUUGAAAACAAGAAGAAAAGCAAACUAGAAACAGUGCAAUACUACUUCGAUAGUCGCGGUUACGAGCGUUACGUAGACAACAAGCUGUACGGAGUUAUCAAUGAGAAAAAGAAUCUGCAGGAUGUACAGUCCGCUCAGUCCGGUCCUCCUACCGCCACCCAGGCGAAGUCAACCGAUGUUCAACAUAAAAGGCUUAGCUGGGAUGUUCGGCAGCACAAUCGACCGAGCAUGAUGCGCGUCAUUAAUCAGUCACCGGCGGCCAAAAAGUGUGCCAAUGUGCUGAUGAUGAACCAGCAAGUAGCGUCCAAACCAAUGUCUGCCGAAGCACCGGAGACGCUCGGGGGUGGCGGUUUAAAACAGGAAAACUGUCGCAUGUUCAAACUGCAAAAAAGCCAUACCAGCACCAAUCUACUUACGCGCCAUAAAUCGAUGAACGAUAUUCACCGCAUCAAUCAACUGUUCCUAGAUUCCAGGGAAGAUCCUGAUCCUCUCGCCAAUGUUUCUGUAUCGAGUCGUCAGAAUUCUAAACACGCUGGCAAUAGCUGCGAUCCAACCUCACCAAACAAUGGAGUUGCAGUCCGUGAUAUAACCCCGGUGCAUCGUUUCGAGAAGCACAGAAAAUCGGAACAGAGUAAAUAUCUGGUGCACAAGCGAUUAAGUGCGCGCUAUAAAACUGAAAGUAAUCUACCCAAAUCGGUGGACGUUAGUGCGCCGGUUGCGCCGGAUACUGUAACCUCCUGUACCUUAUCGGGUGAUGACACAAUCAGCAAACGCAUUCGUAAGAUCAUUGACGAUCAGGAUCGUAUUGUAUCGACGGAGACCCUUGAUCUGCAACCAGAUGAAAUACAGACGCAUGAUUUGGAUAAGCAGAAACAAUUGUCACAAAAUCAUCCCACUCAUCAGUCAAGUGCCGAAAAUGGAUGUUCGAAAAAAUAUCGACGCCUGUCUAAAUCGAAGUCCGCAGACAAGCUUAUCGUCGACAGUAAGCACAUGGCUGAGAUGCUUGUGAAGAAGGAGAAAAACGGCAGUACUUGUGGUUACAAGAACUGCAAGUUUUCCAACUGUCCAAUGUCUUCGUCGUCAUCAUCUUCUUCCGCUUCCUCAACUACAUCAACAAGCUCUUGCAGUAACGUAAAAGAAUGCAGCAGAAAAACUGUUUCUUCACUGAAGCCAACAACUAUUGAUAGCAGCACCUCAGAUCAGUUGGACAUCAUUUUAUGCGGCAAGCGAACAUCGAUUGUGAUUAACGAUAGUGAGGAUAUCAUGUCAACCGGCAAGGAACUGCCGGAAUAUAAAAACGAGAAGUUUGUCAUCAACAAUCUGCUAAACAAUGGCAUGUUGAGUGGAAAGGUGAACAAUACUCACAGCACCAGCAAAGAUCUAAUUGAUGAUACGGAAAUUAUAACAUCGUCAACGAUAAAGGAAAUCGAUUUGGAAAGCAAUAGAAUGAUCAUAGAAAAAUGUAUUGCACAUGCUCCACCGAAUAUCGGCAUAGUAUCGCGACAAAAGUUUUGGAACCAGCAAAAUCAGCGCAACAUUAAAUUGAAGAACAAUCCCCAAACGAAGGCGUACGACGAUAAGAUAAAGAUUAAUAACAAAAUCAAGAACGAGGAAAACAAUAGCAUUAAAAUCUUCAUCAGUAGCGGCAAUGGCAGUAAUGGUACGAAGUGUGCCAGUUUAUCCGAACCAGUCUCGCUUAUCUCCACGGCGACAACCAAUAGCAAUAGGUCUUCCUCACGUUCCUACUCGUCCAACUCUUCGUGGGCUUCAACUGGCAGCGAAUCCGACAAGGACGAUGGUUAUUAUGAUCAGAGCGAGCGGUCUAUAAGUCCCGAAAAGCAGCAACCAUCCUCGAUUGUGUCGACAACCAGUACCGACAGCAGCAGCAGUAGUACCAUCUGUAGCGAGUCUACCAAUGUUUCAAACGUGACAUGUACUAAAAGUCUUCCAGCUAGCAGCGCUACGACCGUUACGCACAAUGGCAGAAAUCGAUACACGUCCAAGACAAGCAUUAGACUCGGUUGUGAUGGAUCUCUGUUCUUAAACAAAAGCUAUCUUGAUGAAGGGGAAGCACUUCAUGGCACCGUCACCAGUGAUCUGGAAGGUGAUGACAACGAAAUUAGUGUAUGUGACGUACAACAAUCCAUCGGUACGAGCAGUGCCUGCUGUUGCUGCCGGAAACGGCACCAGAAGUUUGCCCAUCGGACACAACCGUGUCUAGUCAGCUCAAUAGACAUUACGACCAACAGCAACUCGGAGAAUCCCAAGGAUUGCGAGGGUUUUGCAAUGUCCGCUGUAAAAACAAACGAUGCUGGACAUGCACACAAGCAUAAAAGUGAACAUUGUUCAUGCAUCAAACAAAUAAAUGCUCAAAAUAAGAUUGAAAAUUUUUCACCAAGGCCACGAUCGAUCGAAGGUCCACUUGAUUCGGGCAUCUCGAUUAGCAGCGAUACGGCGAUAACCAGUUCGGACAGUGAUCUGAAUAUACAGAGUCAAACGGACUCGGACGAAAGAAAAUUGAAAAGAGGACAUGUGUUAGCCGAACUGCUGGAAACGGAACGCAUCUACGUCGCUGAAAUGGGAUCGAUUUUGAAGGGCUACAAGGAUGAAAUGCUGUCCGAGGAAAUGAGCUCACUAGUGCCGCCAGGAUUGCAAGGCAAAUCGGACAUACUGUUUGGAAACCUGCACGAGCUGUACACCUUCCACAAUGAUAUUUUCUUAAAGGAUUUGGAAAAUUGCAUUUCCACCACGGAACUAGUCGCACUAUGCUUCGUUCAACGGCGAGACACCUUUUUCCGGCUAUAUUCGUACUACUGUCAGAACAUACCACGCUCGGAACGGCUGCGGGAAACCCUCGUCGAUACGCAUCUAUUCCUGCAGGAAUGCCAAAAGAAGCUCGGCCACAAACUUCCGCUGGCCGCCUAUUUGCUGAAACCGGUGCAAAGGAUUACGAAGUAUCAGCUGCUGUUAAAAGAUUUGCUAAAAUUCAGCGAUACGGGAACAUGUUCGCGAGAGCUGCAAAAAGCUUUAGAUUGCAUGCUGGUUGUGUUGAAGUGUGUCAACGAUUCCAUGCAUCAAAUAGCAAUUACAGGCUUUCCGGCUGAUUUGUCGCAGCAGGGAGAGCUACUGAUGCAGGAUUCAUUCCAAGUGUGGACGGAAAGCAAGAAGGAUUUGCGGCUUCGAUUGAAGACACAAAAUAGACACAUCUUCCUGUACCAGAAGGCGAUGCUGUUUUGUAAGCAAGGAUCCAAAACAGGACACAAUAAGAGCACGUACCAAUUUAAGCAUUGGCUACAGAUGUCGCAAAUAGGCUUGACGGAAUCGGUUCGUGGAGAUUCUAAACGGUUCGAGGUAUGGUUGCAGGGACGCCAGGAGGUCCACACAAUACAGGCUAGCACGAUUGAAAUCAAAAACAAAUGGGUUGCCGAAAUAAAGAAAGUUUUGCUCAAUCAACUGGAAGAGCUGAAGGGUGAAAAGAUCAAACAGUAUGGCUUGAAUCACAAACCGCUACGGCACAUGACGUCAUGGGACGUUCCGCAAGCUGUUCACGGUACGCCGAAUCGAAUAGUGAGCUGCGAUCAACAGGCGCAAUUACAAACGAAUGGUUUAGCAGCCGCUGGAAUGGUCGGACUGGCGCAGGAUGUCGUUACGCGCAUAUCGAACUUGAACGAUGAUGGUCUCUUGAACGCGACCGGCAUCUCGUCGUCUUCGUCGGAGCACGACAACCAGGAAAGCAAUGCGUGGAGCUCCGAUUACUCCAACAGCGAGGAUGAAUUCACAACAGUGGAGGACAGUGUCGUGCCGGGGCAUAAGUUUGUUUCGCUGGCCGAUUACUGCGCUAUGGGUAAUUCGGAAGUAUCCAUGAAGGAAGCGGAGGUAGUAGAGCUGCUGAAGGUCGGUUGUGCCGGGUGGUGGUUCGUGAAGGUUAUCUCUACCGGUCUUGAAGGAUGGGCGCCGGCAGCAUACCUUGAGGCAGUCAGCCGCAAAAAUUCUCGUCUUCGGAAUGCUCGUAGCCAGGACCGGCUGAACGAGCAUUAGGAACCAAAACAAAAGAAGUAUAAACUUCUAUCGUUCGUUACUGCAGUGUAUGCAUCAUCUACAAGGGAUGAUUAAAUUGAGCCAAAGUAAAGAGAAAUUGACUGCGUGACGGCGCUUCUGGCACUUUAUAUAAUGUCAAGUAUUUAGUUAGACAAUACCUAUCGCGUUGUCAUGUUCCGGCGCGGCAUUUGCCCACCGGCAUUGGCAAAAGUCUGAUUUACGUACCUCGAAUUGAUAUGUCGAUUCUUAAUAACGUUAAUUCAAUCAUGAUACUCCCCCCUCGAAGUUUUUGCCCUAAGGAUCUAGGCUUUUUUGGAAGAAAAAGUUAAAUAAUUUAAAACAAAAUACUAAAGUAUAGUAAUGGUGCUUAACAGUCCGACGGUUUAGGUACCAAAUCGUUUCGAAUCUUUUCGUUAUUAUUUUUAUUUUUUCCAUCCAUCGUGCUUGUUAGUACAUGCGAGAGUGUUUACUUGGCUUACUAGUAACUGGAAUUUGCGCAAAAAAAAAACUUUGAAAGCGAUACUAUUUUGCGAAGUAAAUGCUAGCAUCGCCGAAUGUUAAAACGCUCAGUGUUGUUGUAAAUUAUCUUUAGCUUGUAACACUCCUGUGCAAUCGCAAUACGAACCUAAUCAAAACGCGUUUUUU